GUGUUUCGCUCAAUCAUAACAUGAGUUAUGUUUUGAAUGAAAAACAUUUUUUGAUAACAUUUUUGCUACAAAUUUAUGAUUGAAACCAUUUUUACACACAUUUCUAAUGAUAUUGUUUUCGAUAUAAUCAUUAAUAAAAGCGUUAAUUAGUAUUGUAUGCGAUACUGAAGAUCACUCGCGAGAGACAAGCGGUGGUUAAGCGGCGGUGAUAUCGGGGGCGACGAUGGCGUCGACCGGUGUAUUGCCGUUCGUGAGGGGCGUCGACUUGAGCCGCAACGAGUUCCAGGACGAGAACUUUCCCAAAGAGUUGCGAGACAUGCGAAACGUGCGAUGGCUUAAACUGAACCGAACGCGUAUGGAUUGGAUUCCCGAAGAGUUGGCCGCAGUGUCCAAACUGGAGACCCUAUCCCUCGUCCGCAACAAUUUGGUGACACUUCACGGAGAGUUGGCUUCGUUGCCGUCGCUUCGGUACCUGAGCUGCCGUCACAACAAUAUCAAAAACUGUGGCAUUCCUUCCGAGAUCUUUCAAUUGGACGAACUCUUGGUUCUCGAUCUGAGUUACAAUCAGUUACGGGAUGUGCCCAACGAGUUGGACCGAAGCAGAGGUCUUCUUGUGCUCAACUUAAGCCAUAAUAGCAUUCAAACGAUUCCC